AACACCCCAAAUAAACAAACAAACAAACAAACCGAAACCCAACUCAAUUGAGUGACCAUGUCUGUGUGUCCGUGUUUGGAUCUGUGAAUUUUAUGCGCAUUUCUGAGUCUGUGGGCGUGGCUAUUUCCUUCUCGUUACUCUGUAGAAUAUUUGGUUUGGCUCUGAUAUUCCUAACUACUUCUUCAAUCUACAUUUGCCUUAAAACUAGACGAAUGAUAAUAACAUCUAUGCAUGGCUUCAUUAGCAGCAGAUAUCCGUUGUCAUUCAUUUGAUGGUAGCAGUCGUCACAAAAGAGAUUUUUCGAACCGAUUUGGCAGUGUGUAUUAUAAAGUGAGUCGAUGGUGAUGGGUGCAGUAAGGAUGUUGUUAUUGCUAACAAAGAGAACAGCAACAGUUGGAAACUGCUAGUUGUAACAUUAGUGCUGUUUUGUUAAUGGUGGCUCUCAUACAGUGGUAACGACAGUAUCAGUGAAGAAGUUCGUUCUGAUAAUGUUUCUCGAGAAAAUCGUCAGUUUUGCGAAGAAACUAUAAAAGUUUACCGUCUAAUUUCUAAAACAUGGGAAAUCAUGAAUAAUAUAUCAGGAUUCAAUAAUUAUUUACUCAAAAUCUAUCCUGCAUAUCGGAAUAGCAACGCUGGUACUGUCUUGUGCACGCAAGGAAGCUUAUGAAUAUUUUGAAAACUUUAUCACUGUAUCACUGAUAAAUGAAAUAAAGAAUACUGAUUUGCCAAACUCGACACCAGCCAGUUAUCAUGCGGCGCAACCAAUUCUUAAUCUUCAUUGCAGUCAUUUACAUUAUUAUGACAGUAGGAAUUGUGUCUUAUUUCAAGAAAUUUUCAAUUUCAGCAGAACUUACUGCGUCGUCAAUUAGUAUUGAAUCUGAUUUCAAUAACAAUAUUUUAAAACACUCUUUUGAAUUUCCGAAAGAUUUUAACUACACUUUAUCCGUUAACGACACGUGUCGUUCAGAAAAUGUACCAAAUCAAAAUCAAACCAGAAACAAAGCCUUUCUUACGCUGUUCACAACGUGGAACAGCAAAGACCAGAAGCAUAAAAUACACAUCAAUUCUUUAAAUAACUGGUUAUCAUUAGGUUAUGAUGUCAGAGUGAUUCUGUUCCUCAAUGAUUCAGUUAAUUAUUCUGAAUGUUCCUGUCCAAAUUGCGAAAUAUGGUCAGUUCCGGUGGCUGGUGAAGUUGGUGUGCCUAUACUUAAGCAUAUGUUUCUCUAUGUUUUAAGAAAUAUCAACAGCACUUUCUACGCUUACGUUAACUCAGAUAUACUGUUCAAUUCGAACCUUAUACCAACAUUAGAGUUGAUUGAUCAGAAAAUCGAUUACUCAACUUCUCCAGUAUUCAUAGUCGGUCGUCGGACAAACGUAAUGAAUCUCACAGAACAAGAAGCUUCCAGUGGUUCCUCUAUCGAAAAUGCAGCACGUCAUCGCGGUAAAAUUUUCCGUUCGGACGCUGAAGAUUAUUUCUUUACAACUAAAAACUAUCCUUGGGAAAAUAUUCCUGAAUUGAUUGUUGGUAGUCCAGCUUACGACAAUUGGUUGGUCACUUAUUCUUUAAUAUCUCGUUUUGUUGUGAUUGACGUUACAAACACUGUUCUUGCCGUUCACCAAACAACCAAAGUAGGAAAUUAUGAAGGUUUCCAAAAGAACUUCAAACAGUACAAUAAUAAGCUUCUUGCCAGUAAAUAUAACGACACAAAGAGCGUCCGUUCAGGACAUACCGUCUGUACAGAUCUCCAAACAAAGUUUUCAAAUAAGAAAAUAGUUCUAAUAGAAAGGCGAACUAAUAUUUGCCGCCGAAUUCACAAGAAAAUCAUUGGACAAAGAGCAAUUAAAACCCCGUGGCGCAUGUAAGGUACCAAAACUCACAAAAACACACAUGCAACUAAUGUGUGUGUGUAAGUGUAUGUGCAUGUUCAUGAGUGUGUGUGUGUGUGUGUGUGUGUGUGUGUGUGUGUGUGUGUGUGUGUGUGUGUGUGUGUGUGUGUGUGUGUGUGUGUGUGUGAUAAACUAUAAGGGUAGAAGUAUCGUGUAUUAUCACUUACUUCAAUGCUAUUGCCUUGUAAUUUUUUUUUUAAACAAAGAAUAGCAGAUGGUUAUCAAGGAAUAAGAGUCAAAAGAAUUUUGAACCUAACAUGUUUGAAUGGGUUAGUAGUCAUGCGUAUGCGUUCACUCGUGUAUGCAUGCGUGAAAAUAAGAGUAAUGCUCAUAACAAUGAGUUGAUAUUUGUGAAGAAUAUAUGAAUAUCAGUGACAAGAAAAUGGAAGUAAAAUUUCAAAUAUUUUUUAUCAUGUUUUUCUAUUAUCACGUUGUGAAAUUCAACAUUUUAUUUUAAUACACUAAAUUUUGGGGUGAGGGAUUCAUGAAAAUUUUUUUCGCUAUCAAAUUUUUGCACCAAACAGUACAAUAAUAAGCUUCUUACCAAUAGAUAUAACGACACAAAUAGCGUCAACACUUUAUUUUCAGGAACACUUGCAAUCUUUAGACUUUUGUGCUGCACUUCAUCAGUUUUUCUCCGUCCUGUGUUUUAGUUAAUGGCGUGAAUGAAUCUGGUUUAAGUUGGUUUUUAUAAGUUGUCCUGUAGGAAUAUUGGUGCCAAACUCUACAAGGGGUUCAAAAGAUACACUCUUGUAAGGAGGUUUUACUUUUAAGUUGCUAGCAAAAGCUUUACGGGAUCACAGCUACCAAGGUAUACUAACCUCGAUGGACUAUUGAAAGAUCUUGAGGCGCUGUAUAUCAAAGUAUGUAUUUAUCUCUGCUUAAAAAAAAAACUUUCAAUAAAACCUUAAUUAAACCAUUCAGUCAACAUUAAGUGAAGGUGCGUGGCUUAGUGGUCAGGGAUUCAGCUCACGAUAAUAAGAUUGUGAGUUCGAUUUCCGGUGGUACAUUGUGUUCUUGAUCAAGACACUUUUAUUUCACGUUGCUCUAAUCUGUUCAGCUCUCAAAAAUGAGUUGUACCAGUAAUUUUGUCAUAUUCUGCGUCGCACUGAACCCCUUUGAAAAACUACGCGAGUGUGUAGAGUGCUCAGCGACUUGCACGCUAAUUUCACGAGCAGGUUGUUCCAUUGACCGGAUCAACUGGAACACUCGCCGUCGUAACCGACGGAGUGUCAGGCCAAGUGCGAAUUAGACCGUUUCAACUUUAGCUUCAAAAUUGACUUUAUUUAGUAAGAAAUAACUAGUUGCAAAGCACUACAAGAAAUAACUUGUUACUGCUACGACAAAAGAUUCUUAGGAAAAGUCUUAGAAUCACUCAUCUUA